ACCAACACUUAAACCAUUAAUCUUACACUUAAUUAUACAAUGAACUAAACUAAUUCAAUGUAUUAACUCUCACAGAGUCACAGACAUAUGAAUCGUCACAUUCACACUCACUCUCUUCAACCCUUUCUUCUUCUCUCAACAAAUCCUUAGGGUUCCUUCCUCUGUUCUUCUUCUUCUUAACCCCAAAACCAAAAAUCUUAGAGGCUACGAAAAUUGAACCAUUUUCACCAUUUUCACAGCUUCAACCUUAGCAUUUCAACGACCCUUUAUUGAAGAAAACUGCUUUGGGAGAACCUCACACACGCAUGGCGAAAACGAGGCCUGGAAAAAAAGACAUGGACUCAUACACCAUCAGAGGAACCAACAAGCUUGUUAAAGCUGGUGAUUGUGUUUUGAUGCGUCCUUCUGACACGAGUAAGCCACCAUACGUGGCACGUGUGGAGAAGAUCGAGCAAGAUAAUAGGAGCAAUGUGAGGGUUCGUGUGAGAUGGUAUUAUAGGCCAGAAGAAUCUCUUGGUGGAAGAAGACAGUUUCAUGGAGCAAAGGAACUGUUUUUAUCUGACCAUUUUGAUGUUCAGAGUGCUCACACUAUUGAAGGGAAGUGUAUUGUUCACUCUUUCAAGAACUAUACUAAGCUUGAGAAUGUAGGCGCUGAAGAUUAUUAUUGUAGGUUUGAGUAUAAGGCUGCUACCGGUGCUUUCACGCCUGACCGUGUUGCUGUAUACUGCAAAUGUGAGAUGCCUUAUAAUCCGGAUGACCUAAUGGUGCAGUGCGAGGGGUGCAAAGAUUGGUACCAUCCGGCUUGUGUGGGCAUGACUAUUGAAGAAGCGAAGAAGUUGGACCAUUUUGUUUGUUCCGAAUGCUCAUCUGAUGAUGAUAUGAAGAAACCCUUGGCGCCAUUUCCUUCAUCACCGGGAUCUGAUGGCAAGGUAUGGUAAAUUAGGUGGAGCCAAAGCGGCGAAAGAGAGGACCAGGACCGUGAGGAGAGUGAUGAAACGCGACUUGUGGUGGCGGCUAUGUGGUAGCUAUUGUGUGUUGUAGUACAGCUUCCACCAGAUUGGAAGCAAUGUUUUUAUCAUGUUUAUUAUUGGUUCUAGAUUUAAGACACAAACCAUUGAUGAUAUGUUUCCUUUUUCUUGCCAGAAAGAUUAGUUAAGUAUUAAUGUCUGAAAACAUCAAACUUUGAAGAUUUGAGUUGCUAUUUGAUGUGGUCAUCACACCAAAUAUGCUAACAAAACUUGUUUGUAUUUUGGUUAUCAAGGGGAGAAAAGUGAGGUUCUAGUUUGAAAU